AUGGUUGAACCUGGUAUUACGGAGGAUUUCGAUGCGGAGAAUAAAUGUAUGGUCCUGGCGAUAUUAGAGUCGGCGGAAGAGAAAGAAUCUGCAAGAAUUGAUCCAGUCCUAGACCAAGUGAAGAAAUCUCUACAGACGGGGAAGUGGGACGAACCGGACGUGAAGCCGUAUAUACCAUUCAGAAACGAGUUGGGUAUGGUAGGAGAUACUGUUGUUCGUGGAAACAAAUUAGUUGUUCCGUCCAAAUUACGUUCACGAAUGCUUGACCUGGCCCAUGAGGGACAUCCAGGUGAGUCGGUCAUGAAGCGCCGUCUUAGAGAUCGAGUUUGGUGGCCAGGUAUGGACCGUGAAGCCACUAACCGAGUCACAUCAUGCGAAGGUUGCAGAUUAGUUGGACUACCAAAUAGACCGGAGCCUAUGUCACGCCGGCCACUUCCGAGUAAGCCAUGGGUUGACGUGGCCAUUGACUUUCUUGGACCAUUACCAGAUGGUGUGUACUUGCUCGUUAUAAUCGAUUAUUACAGUCGGUACAAGGAGGUGGAAUUGAUGAAUAAGAUUUCAGCCAAGGAGACAGUUUCCAGAUUGGACAAAAUAUUCACACGACUGGGAUAUCCCCGCACAAUUACUUUAGACAACGCCAAACAAUUUGUGGGUACCGAAUUUGAAGAAUACAGCAAGACACACGCAAUUCACCUCAAUCAUUCGACACCUUACUGGCCUCAGGAAAACGGCCUUGUUGAGAGACAAAAUCGAUCGUUGUUGAAAAGGCUUCAGAUAAGUAACGCUCUUGGCAGGAACUGGAAGCAGGACUUACAGGAUUAUCUAGUAAUGUACUACACUACUCCGCCCUCCGUUACCGGUCGUACGCCAACGGAGCUUAUAUAUGGCCAUACGAUUCGGUCCAAAAUACCGUCAUUAGAUGACAUCGAGACUGCUCCUCCGUCCACAGAUUUUGCUGAUAAGGAUUUAAAAUCAAAGGAAAAAGGGAAGGAUCGAGAGGACAUCAAACGAAAAACAAAGAGGUCAUCCAUCGACUGCGGUGAUUCGGUCCUCAUGCAAAAUCUACUACCAGGAAAUAAACUUCAGACGACCUACAAUUCCAAGAAAUACGUUGUGAUGUCUCGGUCUGGUCCUCGGGUAACUGUAGAAGAUCCUGUUAGUGGAAAGUCAUAUGACCGAAAUGCUGCACAUCUCAAAAAGGUGAUAGAUCCACAGCAUCGUCGUUGA